AUAGAGAUAAGCUCCAUGACUAUGUCUGAACAACCAUCCAUAAAAACUACAUUAGUUGAAGUUACUGAUAAACUACAAGAUCCACCUUGUAGAAUAUUCUUCAAGAAUGAAUAUGAACAGCCAUCGGGAAGUUUUAAACUUAGAGGAAUGGGACAUUUAAUCCACGAAUCAAUCUCCCAAGCUAAAGCCCAAGGAAAGAGUAACGUCAGGGUGUUUUCCAGUUCUGGUGGUAAUGCUGGGUUGGCAGCUGCUUACUCGGCAAAGUACUAUGGAUUACCAUGUACUGUAGUUCUUCCGGAUACUUCCAAGGCUAAUGUUAUUGCUAAGUUGCAAUCUUUUGGCGCAGAGGUUAUCAUCCAUGGUAAACACUGGGGUGAAGCUGAUUCAUACUUGAAGGAACUUGUUGCUGGAUUGGAUGACUCAGAAUAUCCUGUUUAUUGUCAUCCUUUCGAUAAUGCAUUGUUAUGGCAGGGUCAUGGAAAUUUCAUUGAUGAAUUAACAGAACAGCUUUCCGCAGAGGACCUCGCUAAAGUUAAAGGAGUUGUUUGUAGUGUUGGUGGUGGUGGCCUUUAUAAUGGUGUAGUUGAAGGAUUAAAGAGAAACCCUGCCCUCUGCAAAGUUCCUAUUCUUGCUAUUGAAACAAAACAAGCACCAACUUUCAAUGAAGCUAUCAAGCAAGGUAAAGUCGUUCAUUUAUCCCAAGUGAACACAUUAGCUACUUCACUUGCAUCACCAUACCUUUCUGAAAAAUCAUUGGAGAAUCAUUCAUCUCAUAAAACCCAUGUGGUUGAGAUAGAAGACUUAGAUGCAGUACAAGGUGUCCUUGACAUGUACGAUCUCUUUGGGCUCAUGGUUGAACCAGCAUGUGGUGCAUCAGUUUCGGUAGCUUUCAAAAGACAAGAUUUACUUAAAUCGUUUGAUGUUAAGUCCGAUGAUAUUGUUGUGGUUAUUGCAUGUGGUGGGUCUGGGGUAACCGAGGAGAUUUUACAACAAUAUAGAAGUUUAGUAUAGAAAGUAAACAAUAGACAACACAAUUUUUUUAGAUUCGGAUUCUGUUUUUCUUGUUAUCACAUGCUUUCCUAUUUGGGAAGUUUUACGUACAAGAAAAUGGCAACACUAAUUUAUAUGAUUCAUUUGU